AAUUGUUUUAUUCAAGUAAUUAGCUAAUGUAGUACGUGACUUGACAUUGACAGAGUUCUUCGUAGAUGUGUAUAUGCUUCAUUGGAGGUUGCUGCCAGUGCUAUAUUUAUAACUCUCGUUUCUCUGCAGACAGCAGGCUGUGAAAACGUGUAUCUUCCCGGUCCUUGUAUAUAGUGUGUGAGUGUGUGUUUGUGUGUGCGAAACCAAUCAAAAAUGGAAUUGGAUUAUUAUGUCAUCCUUGAAAUCACCAAACACGCCACAGAAGCAGAUGUUAAAAAAGCCUACAGAAAGCUUGCCUUGAAAUGGCAUCCAGAUAAGAAUCCAGACAACAAAGAAGAGGCUGAGAAAAGGUUCAAAGAGAUCUCCGAGGCUUAUGAAGUCUUGUCGGACAAGGAACAGAGGGCCAUCUAUGACAAAUACGGCAAGGAAGGACUGAGCGGUGGAGGGGGUGUACAGGAUGACUUCACCUUUAAUGGACCCUUCCAUCAUUUCCAUCCUUUCCACUUUAGAGACCCAGAGGAUGUGUUCAAAGAUUUCUUUGGAGGAAGAGAUCCUUUUGCUUCAUUUUUUGGUCGAGACAAUCCCAAUAACUUCCACGACUCUUUUCCAGGCUUUACACGACCCUCCAUGAACCUAUUUGGACAUUCUAAUUUUUUCGGAGAUAGCGGUCAACGUCGUAUGCAGAGAAGAAGGGAGAGAACUGACAGACCCUCGUCUUAUUCCCGCCGCGUGAGGGAUGUUGAACUUCGGAGUGCUCAUCAUCCAAUGACGGGUCACUCACCCCUGCAUCACUUUGGAUUUCCUAUGGGUUUUGGCUUCACAUCUUCUCUGUUUGAUGACCAUUUCGGAAUGCAUCAUAGACCUGGAUUCUCCAAUUUCAGUAGUACAUCUUUCAGUGGCCCCAGAAGUGGGGGAAACUUUAGAUCCACCUCUACAUCUACAAAAUAUGUCAAUGGCAAAAAGGUGGUGACCAGAAAGGUGGUGGAAAAUGGUAAAGAAACCAUAACCGUUACAGAAGAUGGUAAAGUGGUACAGCAUCUAGUAAAUGGUGAAGAGAAACAUGCAAUUAAAAACUGACCGGGGACCAGCAAUCAGAAAGCGCAUCUGUGUUAUUUAUAGUAACAAUAUCUAGUUCUGUCAAUCAUCAAGAGCUUAAUAUAUUUACUAUGUAAAUGGGUCAGAAUGGUGCAUUGGGGUCAGGUAAAAAAAUUUUGGGAUUGGACGAGUCUGGAUUUUAUCAGACUAUUAAUUCUUUGGUUAGAUCAGAAUAUUAGAUCUGAUUUAAUUAGGUCAUACACCAGAGUACCAGUAUAUCAUUUAUUCACUAUGUAAAAGUUAAUCUGUAUUAUAUCUAUUGGAAAAGAAGUAUUGUACUAUUAUUAUAAUAGAACAAGAUGUCUCUGUUUAUUUGUAAUAAUCUGGAUUAUAGAAUUUAGUGCAUAUGUAUGUAUUGGACUAUUUUGGACACAUAAAGAUUGUCUUUGGACAAGAUUUAUAAGUACAAAAUGGCUGAAUUUUGUUUGACCCAUUUCUUACAUGUAUGUGUAUAUGUAUGUUGUACAUCAGCUGUUCAUCUUGAAUGGCUUAAAAUAAUUUGUUUUCUCAGCAUUUUACCUGUGAUGAUGUUUCACGCUAUCUUUCUUGCUUAAGAUCAUUCAGUUGUAUUGAAUGAAAAACUAAAGGUAUGGUGAAAAAAAAAAUAUUGAAGUAUUAUAGUGAUGCUUUAAUGGAUUUAUUUAGAAAAUAAUUACUCCCUUGUUCUAAAUUUAGAUCCUGAUAUUGUUAGUAACACACUGAAUCUUUGAAUAUGUAUUUGUUGCUCUGCAGUGCCCUUAAAUCGGUGUACUGUGAACAAGCACUUGAACCCAGUGUUCUUUAUUUAAUGUACGUGGUCCCAAUAAUACCUUUCUGUGGAAAAAAAACGUAUUGGGCUGUAUUUUUAGGUUUUUAUUUUUACCCACUGAAAAUAAGAGGUGGAAGAUACUAAAUUUAUUCACUUGUUAUCAGAAUUGAUAUAUUGAUCGAUAAAAAGAUUUAAUAUUAAAUUCUUUGUUGGAAAGUAAUUUUGGGUAUAUCAUAUCAUUAUCGUUUGCCUGCAUAUCUCUCUUAAUAGAUGUCUGUAACUUUUAUUCAACAUAUAGUUGUGCCAUAGUGAAGACUUUGAUCCCAUGUACCAUAAUAUUAUUAUCUCUGUAUUGAAACAAUAUAUAAUAAUAAUUUAUGUAUUUUAAACAUUUUGCAUAUGUACUUGUAGCAGUUAUAUUUCUCUGCAUAUUGAUAUCAUUGUUUCUUUAAACUCUACAGUGAUGGUCAUGUUGUUAAUUCUUUAUUCAUCAUAUCUGGUGGAAGAGAUUUUCUGCUGGUGUUUGCUUAAUGAAAAAUUACAUUCUACAUAUUCAUUGUAUGUACUUUUAAAAUAAGUCAAGGAAUUGGAAUCAUCCUUUUUUGUUUUGGUAUCUGGAAAGUUUCAUGAUAAAGUUGCUCUGAGCUUUGGAUAGUGUUAAGUAUUUUUUUUCAGCCUGUAGAUAAUGGUGUAUAGCUUAAUAUAAACAGGUUAUAUAAAGCUAUGUGAAUGUGGUAGUUUUUUUCUCAUCAUUCAUUUUGUCAAGGCCAUUUUACAUGUAUAACCUUGACAUUCUAUGUAUAAAUAUCUCUGUCGUGGUUUAGUACAAAUGAAAGGGGCUGUGUCUCUGUCCAGUUGAUUUUUUUUUUUUGAAAUCUUCUUGUUUUACAUGAAUGUUAUCACUGUGUAAAUGUUAUUUCAUUUUACCAUGUUUGGCCAAAUAGCAAAGUAAAUGAGCUAUAUUUUG